AUGCGGUUAUCUCUGAUCGCCUUCGUCGGGGUUGUCAACGCCCUUCCACAGCUCAUGCAGUCCGACGCGAGCACUGGUGCACCGACUAUCAGCGCUUCUAUCGACAGCUACAGCCCGUCAUCAUCAGCGUCUGGAACUGUUUCGCCUCCUCCCGCACCAGCCAGCAGCAAUGUCAAUGCUCCGUCCGCCACUGGUUCACCCUCGCUCUCACUACCCGACUCCGUUGAGUCCAGCUCACUACGAGCCGCCGCGUCAUCACUUGGAGCACUGGGGGCUUCCCGGGCGACCGCCGCGCCCACGGGCUACCCGACACUGACAGGUGGCGCGCCUCCCACACAUCCGAACACAGCCCCAUUGCCAGAGGUGACCGGCUCUCAAUUCUACAGCAUGCCUCUACCGGUACCCUUCAAGGGCCCCGCCUUCCCCGCCUGGGGCGCGUUCUUUUCCUACUCGCAGGCACCGAUCCCGACCCAAACAAUCCAGGUCAACCCUUCAAUCUUCACCGCAUCCCUCGGCACACAAGAGGCGAUCAACCAACCCCCGCAAGUGAGGGAAUACGAGUUCAACCUGACCUAUGCGGCCGGCUGGCCGUCGGGAUACCUCCGCCGUAUGGCCGUGAUCAACAACCACUUCCCCGGCCCUUUGAUCGAGGCGAACCAGGGCGACCUGGUGCGAGUCCGCGUGCGCAACGGGCUCGACCAUCCGCAGGCCAUCCACUGGCACGGCAUCCGCCAAAACGGGACGAACCACAUGGACGGCGUGCCUGGAAUCUCGCAGUGCCCGAUCCCCCCGGGUGGCGAGUUCACGUACGAGUGGACGACCGUCAAUGAGGUGGGGACAUACUGGUACCACUCGCACUAUGGGAACACGCUCGCCGACGGGCUCGUGGGCGGCAUCGUGAUUCACAGCCGGGACGAUCCCCUGAAACAAGGCGUCGACUAUGACGAGGACCGCAUCGUGUACCUGUCCGACUGGAUGAAUGACCAGAGCGAGGUCAUCAUCGCCGAGGAGGAGAACAUGCUCAAGCCGUAUCGCGGCAUCCCCUUUGUGGCUGAGCCAGACGCAGCGCUCAUCAACAGGAUAGGGCAGUGUAACUGUGCUGGAGCGCAGCGCGGCGUGCCCUGUGGGAUCAACGAGCCGGCCGAGAUCCGCAUGGAGAGGGGCAAGCGAUAUCGCUUCCGCCUGAUAAACCAUGGCGGACAGGGUUUGAUCCGCUUCAGCGUGGACGGACACAUGCUCCGCGUCAUCGAGGCGGACGACCUGCCCGUAAAGCCGCUCGAGCUCACCGAGAUCCCCGUCGGCAGCGGGCAGCGAUACUCUGUGGUCGUGACGGCCGACAAGGGCGCGCCAGGCGACGCAUUCUGGAUGCGCGCCAGGGUGGGGACGUACUGCAUCAACCCCCUGGCCACUGUCAACGGACACGGUAUCCUGCGCUAUACCGACUCGCUGGGCAACGUGCCGGCGGGCAUGGAGGGGAGACAGCCAGAGACGCAGCAGUGGUCGAACUUGAAGAUCCCCAACAUUGCGCUCUGCCGUGACCUAGACGAAGAGGAGGACCUGCAGCCGCUCGUCCCCAACGAGGUUCCUGGCAACGCGCGCCAGAGCUGGGUGCUCGAUGCGCUGUUCGGCGUUUUUGUCCAUCCGACGAAACGCACGCCCAUGAUCGGUUUCGGCAUGAAUGGCAUCAUGUACAAGAACUACAUCAACAAUCCGCUGUUGCGGCGGAUGAUGGACGGCCUCAGCAUUGGGGGACGAAACGAAGUCGCCGCGGUCAGCUUCACGGCUGACGGAGGCUCGGCCGACAUCGUGCUGAACGUGCUCGACCCGCCGCCGAUCGGACAUCCGUUCCAUCUCCACGGGCACCCAUUCUACAUUGUUGCGCGCGGACCAGGCCGCGUGUCCCGCUUCACGCUCCCCUUCGUGCGGAAGAAGACGCGCAACGCGAUCAAGCGCGACACGCUCAUGGUCGGACAGUGGAGCUAUGCCAUCAUUCGCAUUCCGCUCAACACGCCGGGCGUGUGGCCUCUGCACUGCCAUAUCGGGUGGCAUUUGGCCAGCGGCAAGAUGGCUGCGGUCGCUGUGGGUCCCGAGAGGAUCCGGGGGUUCAAGCGGCCGGAGGAAUGGGAGGAGUUGUGCAGGGGUGCGGAUCCGGGGGUGAUUGGGCCGGGGAGACGGAGUAGGGUGUACGAGGGCUGGGAGGAAUGGGCCGCUGCGGUGAACGGAACUGCCGUCUGA